AUAUGUGGUAGUAAAAAAGAAAAGGUCGGAUCAGCUGUACGCGCAAGGUUAUUCCAAUAGUUUUUAAUUAAAUUCCGUGUAUAAUUUGACAAAAUUUUUAAAAAAUAAUUUAAUUAAAUUUAAAAAACGAAGUGAAAUUUUAAACAAACAUUUAAAUUUUAAAUAAAUUAUUCAUUCAGUGUUUUAUUAAAGUGAUUAGUGAUCGCCAUGUUAGAUUUUGUGAUCUUGUAAUUGUUAUUAUUGUUUAGAAAAAAAGAAAAUACUAAAAUUAAUUAUAAUUAUCAAUUAAAUUAAAAAAAAUUCAAAAUUCAAAAGUUUAUUUUAAAAUAUCAGUCAAUUAUCAGGAGCCGGUUUUAGUUUUUUUGACUUUUUAUUUUUAUUAAAACAAAAACUGGAGUAACACUGGCGGCAAUUUUACUGGUAUUUAAAAUCAUCCAAGCUGGAUAGGUUACCCGAAUAUCUCCGCGAUACCGUGGAUUGGUUUAUGGGAAAAGCCAGACGGAAGGAGAAGGAUGCAGGCACCACGGAAGACCCAAAACUUUACUUGGAGGAGGCGGCACUCGAGCGACAGCUUCCCGAGCUGGACCUCAGGAUGCUGGUGGAUCUCCCUCCAGGUCUGGACUACAACGAGUGGCUGGCAUCCCACACGCUCUCACUCUUUGAUCACAUAAAUUUAAUUUACGGUACAAUAUCCGAAUUUUGUACUCAAACUGGUUGUCCUGACAUGACUGGUCCUGGACUCAGGACAUAUCUGUGGUUUGAUGAAAAAGGAAAAAAAACCCGUGUCGCUGCUCCACAGUAUAUUGAUUAUGUGAUGACAUUUACACAACGUACUGUCAGUGAUGAAACAAUAUUUCCUACUAAAUAUGCAAAUGAGUUUCCAAGUUCAUUUGAAUCAAUAGUACGUAAGAUCCUGCGGCUACUGUACCAUGUAGUGGCACACAUUUAUCACUGCCACUUUCGCGAAGUUGCACUAUUGGGACUCCACGCACAUCUCAAUUGUGUCUUUGCUCAUCUUACUCUUCUUAAUCAGCGUUUCAAUCUUAUCGACCCUAAAGAAACGGAAAUACUUGGUGAUUUAGAGGCCGCACUACUUGGUGAUUCUGCAUCGACUGUCCAGGAACCCACGACUGCGGCCACCUAACAAUAAUAAUAAUUAUAAAUUUAUUUAUUUAUUUUAAUAAUCUAAGAAAUGUUUAACGAGAUUGUAGUUUGUGAUCUCCGAAUUCUUUCCCUCAUUUGUUGGAUUGUUUUUUUUUUUUGCUUGUUAAAGUUACAAGUUACCUUGCACAGUACACCCUCUUAGUAUGAAUGAUUUAAAAAAAAAAAAAAAGUUGUUAGUGUGGAUGCGCGAGGGAAAGAAAAUUAAUGAUAAUGCUGAUAAUUAAAAAAAAAAAAAAUGUUAAUAAUUAUUUAAAUAAA